UGCAGCGAUGUGUGGCUCUAACGGUUCGCCUUUGUCUCCUCUUCUCUCCGCAGUUGACUUUUUGGCAAAGUAUUGCAUUUUCAGUCAGGAGAAGCUGGCCGAGUACAAAAGGGCUUUUGAAGCAGAGGACGCCGGCGGCGACGGCUACAUCUCCUGCCUUCGGGCUCUCCUCGCGCUCAAGAGCAUCAUCCCUCCGGAGCGGCUGUCCGACGAGGAGGAAAUCUACGUCUACAGGAUCCUGGAGAUGGUGGACUUCAGCGUGACAGACGGGCUCGUGGACCUCCGGCUCUUUGCUGUGAUUGCCAGCCUGGCGCAGAAAGUGGCGGCCAUGGACGAGUUCAUGCGCUCGCUAAUCACCGACAUGGACUUCCGCUCGUUAGAAGUGAGGCUCUUCAAAGCGAAGCAACUGUUCCUGUUCCUCAUGGAGGAGCAGCGAGGAGACGCUGGAGCCCAGCGGGGCUUCAUCAGCGCGGAGCAGCUCCUCCUGGAGCUGAAGGCCGGGGGCAUCCACCUGGAGCAGGAGGCGGCCGUGCGGCUGGAGCUGCAGCGCAUCCCGCCCCUGGACCUGCUGGACUUCCUGGCCUACCUGCCGCUCUUCAUGCUCAUCCACAACUCGGUCAUCGCCAACCCUCUCAAUGACUGCGGCGACCUCUGACCUCGGGCCCUUGCACCUGCCGCACGUCACCGCCGUUAGAACCACCAAGAACACGCAGGGAACUAGAGACACCCGUCGUUCAUUUUUUUGUUGUUCUCACACAAGAGGAGUCUGGUUAUUAGCUGAUAAGUUAGCCGGGCGUGCUAACAUGCACAGUUAGCUGCUAACUGCCAGCUCAGCAGUCCCCACGUUGAGCGCCUUGAAACAAGGAAAUGACCUUUUGCAACUUCUUCUCACAAUCACUUGACGCGUGGCUCAUUGAUGCGACGGUAGGCGACGUGUACUCUGUUGUUCUGUUGUUCCUCUUAACGUUUCAUAGAGCUGUGAAGUGCUGUCUAUGGUCCUGAAAUGUUCCGUAAGCACCAAGUGUUGCAGCAGUUUGAAAGAUUUCAACGCAUCCAAAAGUUGCAUUGAGUAAAAACUCCUACA